GCGGCGCAGAACCGCAGGCGCUCGGCUGGCUAAGCCUGCGCGGGGCCGCCUCGCUUGCUCCCAGCUCCGCCAGUGGCCCGCGGGGCCCGAUCGCUGCGCCCGCGGCCAGGGCGGAGGCCAGGCGCUGACCUGGAGCCGGGCAGCCCGUGUGACUUUCGGAACAUGGCAACCUGUGUGUGUCUCAUCCCAGAAAGAGAAGACUUUAACCACUGUGAUGCCUGAGAAUCCAGUGAGUGUGACGUUUCUCCGGAUACUUCAUGCUGUUCGCCUGUGUCCUUGCCACACCACUGCCACACACGACUCCUGAACCAUGGGGGAAAACGAGGAUGAGAAGCAGGCCCAGGCGGGGCAGGUUUUUGAGAACUUUGUCCAGGCAUCCACGUGCAAAGGUACCCUCCAGGCCUUCAACAUCCUUACACGACACCUGGACCUAGACCCUCUGGACCACAGAAAUUUUUAUUCCAAGCUCAAGUCCAAGGUGACCACCUGGAAAGCCAAAGCCCUGUGGUACAAACUGGAUAAGCGUGGUUCCCACAAAGAGUAUAAGCGAGGCAAGUCGUGCACGAACACCAAGUGUCUCAUCGUUGGGGGAGGACCCUGUGGCUUGCGCACUGCCAUUGAACUUGCCUACCUGGGAGCCAAAGUGGUCGUGGUGGAGAAGAGGGACACUUUCUCCCGGAACAAUGUGCUACACCUCUGGCCUUUCACCAUCCACGACCUUCGGGGCCUGGGAGCCAAGAAGUUCUACGGGAAGUUCUGUGCUGGCUCCAUCGACCAUAUCAGUAUUCGCCAACUACAGCUCAUCCUGUUCAAGGUGGCCCUGAUGCUGGGAGUUGAAAUCCAUGUGAACGUGGAGUUCGUGAAGGUUCUAGAGCCUCCUGAAGAUCAAGAAAAUCAAAAAAUUGGCUGGCGGGCAGAAUUUCUCCCUGCAGACCAUUCUCUGUCGGAGUUUGAGUUUGACGUCAUCAUUGGUGCCGAUGGCCGCAGGAACACCCUGGAAGGGUUCAGAAGAAAAGAAUUCCGUGGGAAGCUGGCAAUUGCCAUCACCGCCAACUUCAUAAACAGAAACAGCACAGCAGAGGCCAAGGUGGAAGAGAUUAGCGGCGUGGCUUUCAUCUUCAAUCAGAAAUUUUUUCAGGACCUUAAAGAAGAAACAGGCAUAGAUCUUGAGAACAUUGUUUACUAUAAGGACUGCACCCACUAUUUUGUCAUGACAGCCAAGAAGCAGAGCCUGCUCGACAAAGGUGUCAUCAUUAACGACUACAUCGACACAGAGAUGCUGCUGUGUGCGGAGAACGUGAACCAAGACAACCUGCUAUCCUAUGCCCGGGAAGCUGCAGACUUUGCCACCAACUACCAGCUGCCAUCCUUAGACUUUGCCAUGAACCACUAUGGGCAGCCUGACGUGGCCAUGUUUGACUUUACCUGCAUGUAUGCCUCAGAGAACGCGGCCCUGGUGCGGGAGCGGCAGGCGCACCAGCUGCUCGUGGCCCUCGUGGGUGACAGCUUGCUUGAGCCAUUUUGGCCCAUGGGUACAGGCUGUGCCCGCGGCUUCCUGGCAGCCUUUGACACGGCAUGGAUGGUGAAGAACUGGAACCAGGGCACCCCUCCGCUGGAGCUGCUGGCUGAAAGGGAAAGUCUCUACCGGCUGUUACCUCAGACAACCCCAGAGAACAUCAACAAGAACUUUGAGCAGUACACGUUGGACCCAGGGACGCGGUACCCAAACCUCAACUCCCACUGUGUUAGGCCCCAUCAGGUAAAGCAUUUGUACAUCACCAAGGAGCUGGAGCACUACCCCCUCGAGAGACUGGGCUCAGUGAGGAGAUCUGUCAACCUCUCCAGGAGGGAGUCAGAUAUCCGGCCCAGCAAGCUCCUAACCUGGUGCCAGCAGCAGACAGAGGGCUACCAGCAUGUCAAUGUCACCGACCUGACCACAUCCUGGCACAGCGGCUUGGCCCUGUGUGCCAUCAUCCACCGCUUCCGGCCUGAGCUCAUCAACUUUGACUCUUUGAAUGAAGACGAUGCUGUGGAGAACAACCAGCUCGCAUUUGAUGUGGCAGAGCGAGAGUUUGGGAUCCCUCCAGUGACCACGGGCAAAGAGAUGGCGUCUGCCCAGGAGCCUGACGAGCUCAGCAUGGUCAUGUACCUCUCCAAGUUCUACGAGCUCUUCCGGGGCACACCACUGAGGCCCGUGGAUUCUUGGCGCAAAAACUAUGGAGAAAAUGCUGACCUCAGCUUGGCCAAAUCAUCCAUUUCUAAUAACUAUCUCAACCUCACAUUUCCAAGGAAGAGGACUCCACGAGUGGAUGGUCAAACUGGAGAGAAUGACAUGAACAAACGGAGGCGGAAGGGCUUCAAUAACCUGGACGAGCCUUCAAACUUUUCCAGCCGUAGCGUGGGCUCCAAUCAAGAGUGUGGGAGCAGUAAAGAAGGUGGAAAUCAGAACAAAGUCAAGUCCAUGGCGAAUCAGCUGCUGGCCAAGUUUGAGGAGAGCACUCGGAACCCCUCACUCAUGAAGCAGGAAAAGAAGUCACCUUCAGGGUUCCAUUUUCAUCCCAGCCAUUUGAGAACAGUGCGUCCUCAGCUGACGGUAGGGAAAGUAUCCAGCGGAAUAGGGGCUGCAGCUGAAGUCCUGGUCAAUCUGUACAUGAAUGAUCACAGACCUAAGGCCCAGGCCACCUCUCCAGACCUGGAAUCUAUGCGAAAGUCAUUUCCCCUUAACCUGGGAGGCAGUGACACGUGUUACUUCUGUAAGAAGCGUGUGUACGUGAUGGAGCGGCUGAGCGCCGAGGGCCUCUUCUUCCACCGGGAGUGUUUCCGCUGCAGCAUCUGUGCCACCACCUUGCGCCUGGCUGCCUACACCUUUGACUGCGAUGAAGGCAAAUUUUACUGCAAGCCUCACUUCAUUCACUGUAAAACCAAUAGCAAACAACGGAAGAGACGGGCAGAGUUGAAGCAACAAAGAGAGGAGGAGGCGACAUGGCAAGAGCAGGAAGCGCCUCUGCGAGACACUCCCACUGAAAGUUCUUGCGCAGUGGCCGCCAUUGGCACCCUGGAAGGCAGCCCCCCAGACCCUGCUCUCCUCUCAGCAGAUGAGCCCACCUCCCCCAAGAGGCCGAAGAGCAUCUCUGAGCCACAACACAGUGAUUUGGAAGGGGACGCCGCCUCUCCCUUGCCCUCCGAGUGGACCUCGGUGAGGAUCAGCCCUGGGGAGGAUGCAGCUGGACAGGAUGUGCUGGCUGUGCGUGUCCUGGUCACCAGCGAGGACAGCAGCUCUGACACAGAGUCUGACUAUGGUGGCGGCGAGGCCUCCCACACAGAGCCCUGUGAAGAGAAACCCCGGCGGCCAGAAUGCCCGUGUCUACCGCACACCUCCCUGAGGGAGGCCCUGAGCAGGGCGGUCUCUCCACAGUGCCCUGAGGAGCCCAGAACUGUGCAUGCAGCUCUCCAACGCGCCAAUAGCUUCCAGUCUCCAACCCCAAGCAAAUACCAGAACUGGAGGAGAGAAUUCCGGUGGAGUUUGACGCCAGUGAACAAAAGAACUAUGUCACCUCCAAAGGACCCUUCUCCUUCUCUUCCUCUUCCUUCAUUGUCUUCUCGUUCAUCUUCCCCACCAUCUUCUUCAGCCAGUGUUUCUGAGAAUGCUCCAGAUGGUUCCUCCCCGCCUCAGAUGACAGCUUCUGAGCCCCUCUCACAGGUCUCGAGAGGUCAUGCAAGUCCUCCCACCCCAACCUUUCAAAGGCGAGCCAUAGCCCAAGGAGCACCCAGUGAAAUUAUGCUGUAUCUGCCUCAUCACCCAAAGCCAGAGUGGGCAGAGUACUGCCUGGUGAGCCCUGGUGAAGAUGGCCUCUCAGGCCCUACAGAGAUGACUUCUGAUGAGUGCCAGCCAGCAGAGGCCCCUCUUGGGGACAUUGGAAGCACCCACAGAGACCCACGCCCCAUCUGGGGGAAGGACAGGAGCUGGCCAGGUCAAGAGCUAUCUCCCUUGGCUGGAGAAGACCGGGAAAAAGGGAGAACUGGAGCCGGGAAGGAAGAAGAGGGAGUGCCAGCGCUGGCAAAGGAGAAGUUGGGCCUAAAGAAGUUAGUCCUCACUCAGGAGCAGAAGACCAUGUUGUUGGAUUGGAAUGACUCCAUCCCUGAGAGUGUGCACCUCAAAACCAGGGAGCGACUUUCCCAGAAAAGUGCUGAGAAUGGUAGAGGAGGCCGUGUGCUAAAACCAGUCCGCCCCUUGCUGCUCCCUAGGGCAGCAAGAGAGCCCCUGCCAACCCAGAGGGGGGCUCAGGAGAAGAUGGGGACCCCCGCGGAACAUGCUCAAGGGGAGCGAAGCGUGCCUCCACCCAAGUCCCCACUGCGGCUCAUAGCCAAUGCCAUCCGAAGGUCUCUAGAGCCCCUUCUUUCCAACUCUGAAGGCGGGAAGAAGGCUUGGGCCAAACAAGAAUCCAAAACGUUGCCCACACAGGCCUGCACUCGCUCAUCCAGCCUUCGGAAAACCAAUUCCAAUAAAGACAGGGACCAGCAUUCCCCUGGGAGAAACCGGCCCUCAGCCUUUAGCCCUCCUGACCCUGUCCUCCGCACCCAUAGUUUGCCCAAUCGGCCAUCCAAGAUCUUUCCUGCACUUAGGUCCCCACCCUGUAGCAAGGUUGAAGAUGUCCCCACACUCCUCGAGAAAGUGAGUUUGCAAGAGACCUUCCCAGAUGCUUCUAAGCCUCCGAAGAAAAGAAUCUCCCUUUUUUCCUCCCUCAGACUCAAAGACAAAUCUUUUGAGAGUUUCCUCCAAGAAUCCAGACAAAGAAAGGACAUCAGGGACCUCUUUGGCAGCCCCAAGACGAAGGUGCUGCCUGAAGACAGUGCGCAGGCCCCAGAGAAGCUGCUGCAGCCUUUCAAAAGCGCCUCCCUGCGCCAGGCAGCCCCUCCCCCUCCUCCUCCUCCUCCUCCUCCUCUUACAGCAGGAGGUGCAGACUCCAAGAGCUUUCCCCUCAGAGCACAGGUAACAGAGGCUUCCUCUUCUGCCUCUUCAACCUCCUCCUCCUCUGCAGAUGAAGAAUUUGAUCCCCAGCUUUCCUUGCAGUCAAAGGAGAAAAAGACACUUAGAAGAAGAAAGAAGCUAGAAAAAGCAAUGAAGCAGAUGGUUAAGCAAGAAGAAUUGAAAAGGCUCUAUAAGGCUCAGGCCAUCCAGAGGCAGCUGGAGGAGGUGGAGGAGCUGCAGAGGGCUUCUGAGAUCCAGGGUGUGAGGCUGGAGAAGGCGUUGCGAGGAGAAGCAGCAGAUUCAGGCACACAGGAUGAAGCACAGCUUUUGCAGGAAUGGUUUAAGCUGGUUCUGGAGAAGAAUAAAUUAAUGCGAUAUGAGUCGGAGCUCCUAAUCAUGGCCCAGGAACUAGAAUUAGAAGAUCAUCAAAGCAGACUGGAGCAGAAACUGAGAGAGAAAAUGCUCAAGGAGGAGAGCCAGAAAGAUGAGAAGGACCUAAAUGAAGAGCAAGAAAUAUUCGCCGAGCUGCUGCAAGUGAUUGAGCAAAGGAAUAAACUCGUCGAUUCCUUAGAGGAACAACGCGUCAGAGAAAAAGCCGAGGACCAGCACUUUGAAAGCUUCGUAUUCUCCAGAGGCUGUCAGCUGAGCAGGACUUGAGGAGGCCUGUAGUCCCUCUCCCUGGCUGCACAUUGGGACUGGAUCAGGCCAAGUUCACCACACACCCUCGUGGGUCCUUCUGCAGGAUUUAUCAUCCCUGGAACUGAGGUUAUACCCUACUGCAUUUCUUAAAAUUAAAAUUCUCUUGCACGCAUGGCAGCUUCCCGAGGUCCUUCCAGAGAUUAUAAUGAAGAAAACCCAAAAACUCUUUGGCAAUUGGCAGUCAACUUCAGCCAGGCUCUCAGACUGGAAGUGUUGUUGGCAGAUGACCAGCAUUGUUUUCCCUAGAAAGGGACACAAAGACUUGACUUUCCUGCCGCUUUUAUCAUUUUCCUUCCCAAUUCAUUGAGUUACAUACUUUAAGAUUUUUGAGAAGCUGCCUUUUCAUUAAUAUAUCCAUAUUUGCCUUUUUUGUAUGGAUGGCCGGUUUCCAAAUGUCAGAAAGAAGCAGCCGCAGUUUAAAGAUUAGGUUAAUAUUUAAAUUGUGUUUCCAGAGAAAGAGGAGAAACCUUGAGAUUACUGAUUACAUAAAGCAAAUAACUCAUAUAGCAGGUGUUAAUUCAAUCCAGGGUGAAUUUCAUUUACCAGGUGCAUUUAUAAGCCUUAAUAUAAUAUACAUAAGCAAUGAGAGCUUAAUAGAACAUUUGAGCCUUAAUUUUAUUUUAAGAAGAAAAGAAAAAAGGAAAUAAAACUUUAACUUUAUACCACUGGGAUUGUUAGUGUUCACCAAACACUGCUGGCUUAGAAAAGCUUUUUGUCCCCAUGCUAGGCUUUUUAUGGACCCUGGAAAAUAACGAAAAGCAUUUUCAGAAAGAGAAUGAUUUUAAAGUACUUUUUAAGUAAGUGUUGAUGACGGCAAAAAAAAAAAGGAAUUUCUUUUAUUUGUUGACAAAAUAUUGGUGAUGUUGAUGCUGCUACCGAAACUGAGCACACUAGGGUACAAGAGAAGGAAUGCUUCUUGCUGGUGGUCUUCUUAGACUCAAAGAGAGACGUAUCUCUCCCUCUCCCCAGGAACUCUAUAGAGCAAGGACAAAACUAUUUCUGACUUAGAGGGAGGGCUGAAUGCAGUAACCCUAUUUACUAAAUCCCAAACUGGGUCAUGGAUUUUUUUUUAAUGACAUUUCAGUUUGAAAAGAAAGCUGGAAGACGGAGUUUGUGUGCUGACAUGUUGGAAUUCCUGGGGCAUUAUGACAGUUCCCAUGGGGUCCAAAGAAGAGAAGAUUUAAUAUGGUGAUGUGUUGUCAUAAAACAUUUGAUUGUUUUUGCUCAGUGGGAUUCUUUGAAGAUUUAGUCUAUUAUUGAUAAGAGAAACACUAAAGAACUCUUGGUUGUAUAUUUGGCUGCCCUCAUUUCGGCAAGUGUUUAAAUGUGUCAUUAGACAAAAGGUGCUCUUCAACAGUUGGCUCUGACUGGAGACCAGAUUUCUCUCAAAUCGAUCCAUGAACCACUUCUGUCAGAGACGCUCUCUGCGCACACCAAUCUGGCCAGCUGACAAGCCAGAAAUUAGAUGUAUAACUGAAUUUCCUCUGAGUUAGCCAAUGCUUUGGAUUACAUUUAAGUACAACCUUUCUGUGUUAUACCAAGUUCCAAAGGUUGCAGUUCUUUUUCCUUUUCUUUCCUUCCUUCCCCCCGCCUUUUUUUUUAAAUAAGAAUCAGGUCUUCCAAUGCCUGAAUUCUAUUAUUAGGCAAUAUGAGGAGGCACCUACCUACUACCUACCUACCUACCUAUGAAAACUGUACCACUUCUGGAUAUUUAUCUAUUUGUAUUUAUUUGUGUAUUGGUGAUAACUGAUAAUAUCAUUUCCUCAUAAUUCAGGUUUCCAGGUGUUAUAAUUUGGAGAAGACCUAUUAGCACCAAGAAAUUGGUACAUAAGCUAUUUAAUAUACAAAUAACCAGAUGUUUGGGGCAGUGAGUUGUAUAGUAUUAAAGAUUUCAGCUAUCAGGCAUUUAGAGGUAAGAUUAUAGAUGCACAGGAAUAUCAACUCAUUAUAAGAAAAAUAUUUAUAAUUUCAGUAUUCAUUCUAGAAUAUGCAGAAAUAUUCAGACCUCAGGCUUUUCUGUCAGUUGCAUAAAAGUGCAUUCUUUGAUGCUUGCAUACAUUUAACAGAUGAUAUUCAAAGUGUGUCAUAUUUGAGUUGUUAUUGUGCAAGAGAAUUAAUUGCCACUUAUUUUAAUUUCUUGUAUUUCCAUCCCAAAGAAUGAGUCUCCCAAGAGGGCCAACAGAGAAGGUAGUUUGGCCCCUAGUAUUCUGUUAAUAGAUGAGAGAAGCAAUUUGUUCACUUUCUUUCACAAGCUGUGCUCUGUGGUUUAUGGCUCAGUUUUAUCUGGCCAAGUUAAAACAUAAACUUCAUCCUUAACAGUUUUCUACAUACACUGGGUCUUUCUGUUUUACUAGUACAUAAAAACCAUUUCAACAUUUCCAAUGGACACAAAUAUUGUGUCUGUUGAACUAUCUAAAAUGAUUCCAUUCCUUAUUUGCAAGAGAGAGCAUUCUAAGACUCUCAAAGUAUAAAAUACUGUACAUUUUGAAGACAGUUUCUUUGUAUGCAAUAUGAGUAGGAUUAUGAUGAAAAUGCACAGAGUCUGCACUGCCCCAUAAAAGGGCACUAGUGAAUGUGAUCAAGGCCAAACUACCUAGGACUCCAAAUGGGACAGAAAGCCCAGCCUCAGGUCGUAUUUCACAGUCAGUCUCACACAGUUUCUCGUUAAAUCAAAGUGUUUAUGAUAGUUAUAAGGGCAGAAUUGUACCUAAGUUGGGCCAAGAGGACAUUUCUUAAGCUUGCUGUCCCAAACCAUUGAUUUAUUGGUCUAUUUAUUUAACAUCCUCUGAAUGCCCAUGGGGUUCUGCAGCCCUGUGCCAGAUGCUGAGAUACAGAAAGAAUAUUAGUCCUUAACUCCACCUCCAAAUAAAUACAAAGAUCAAGAAAUAGGUACCAUCCCCAAAUACAAAGAUGAAAAAUCUUUUUUUAUUAUAAGCAUCAACCUAUUCUACUCAUGUUUAUCUCAAGCAUAAAGAAUAUCCCCCACUAUCACAGUGCUUCUUUGGCAAUAAAAAUAAGUUUGUGUUUCUAAAACUGAAAAAUAAUAUCAGGUUGUACUGUUUCAUUUAAACCUUGACUUUGGCAGUGUUAGGCUGCUUGGAAUCAAUCAAUGCCAAGAUGCACCAUGUUAGUUGCAACUGAGAAAGGAAGUGGCAGGUGUUUCCAGCCCUGAUGAGCUGCAAUGAAAUUGAUGUUUUCUGCAUUCUGGAGGCAAAUGACAAUUCAGCAGUGUCUCUCUUCCCAGGAAGCAGAUUUACAGGCUUUUCCUUCCAAACUGAAAAUGGCAGCAUGCCCCACCCAGGUGGUUGAUCAGAGAACUACCCCAGUAGGGCAGAGGUGGCAGGGGGCAGGCGGGGCCGCCACAUGAACAGAGAGCGGCAGUCAUUGGAUGUGGUGAGCUCAAAUGUAGGCAUUUAUUGUAAUAAGAAAGUUCACAUACAGGGGAAAGUAUACGAUUUCAUCUACUGUUUAUCUUCUAACCUCACUGCUGAGUAGCUUGUAAAAGAUUAAUUUGCUCCAACAAUUGGGAACUAUUCAUGUGGAUGGAAAUGUGUUAUUUGUGCACGGCUAUAGAUACUGAAAUGAAUCAAAAUUAAACGGUUUUGUGUCUCAGAAAUCAAAA